AUGGAGGCACAAGAUCCCUUAGAAGAAGUGAACCUGGGAGAUGAAAAGGAGCCGAGGUUAACUUUCAUCAGUAAAUUGGUCGAAGAAGAAGUGAAAGACCAAUUAAUCAAGCUACUAAGGGAAUUUAAGGAUUGCUUCGCCUGGGAUUAUGAUCAAAUGCCAGGCCUUUCGAGGGAAUUAGUCGAACAUCGACUCCCAAUUCGACCAGAAAAGAGGCCAGUAAAGCAACCACCUAGGAGAUUUGCGCCAGAGAUUUUGCCAAAAAUCAAGGAAGAGAUCGAAAGGCUUCUUAGAGCAAAGUUUAUUCGUACUGCCAGGUAUGUUGACUGGAUCUCGAACAUAGUACCUGUGAUUAAGAAAAAUGGAUCUCUUAGAGUUUGCAUUGAUUUUCGAAAUCUAAAUACUGCUACACCAAAAGAUGAAUACCCUAUGCCAAUAGCCGAUAUGUUAGUAGAUUCGGCAGCAGGGAAUGAAAUUUUAAGAGAGUUCCUUGGCUUUAUUGUUCACAAAAAAGGAAUUGAAAUCGACAAGAAUAAGGCCAAAGCAAUAUCUGAGACACAAGCCCCUUCGACUAAAAAACAACUGCAAUCGUUGCUAGGGAAAAUAAAUUUUCUACGAAGAUUUAUUUCCAACCUUUCUGGCAAGGUUAAAAUCUUCUCACCCCUAUUGAAGUUAAAGAAAGAAGAAGAGUUUCGAUGGGAGGUAGAACAUCAAGCUGUUUUCGAGGAGAUAAAGCAAUAUCUAACAAAACCACCAGUAAUGGUUCCGCCAAAGAAAGGUUUUCCCUUGAAGUUAUAUAUCUCAACAUCAGAACAUACUAUUGGGAGCAUGCUAGCUCAAGAAGAUGAAAAUGGUGUCGAAAGAGCUAUUUAUUAUCUUAGUCGAAUGUUGAUAGGUGCAGAAUCUCGAUAUAGUCCAAUCGAGAAAUUAUGUUUGUGUCUAUAUUUUUCUUGUGAGAAAUUGAAAUAUUAUAUUAGGCCUUUUGAUGUACAUGUUUAUUCACAUCAUGAUAUAAUAAAAUAUUUCUUGUCGAAACCUAUCCUUCACGGUAGAGUUGGAAAAUGGGCGUUGGCUUUAACAAAGUAUUCUUUAAUUUAUAAACCACUAAAAUUUGUAAAAGGCCAAGUUGUUGCUGAUUUCGUUGUUGAUCACUCAAUUCCAAUCAAAGAAAUAGAUUUUAUAAGUCUAAAGUCAUCGAAAUUAUACUUCGAUGGAUCUAGUCAUAGAAAUGGAGUUGGAAUCGGAAUACUGAUAAUUUCACCAGAUGAAAUCCCAACGAAAUUACGCUUCGAGAUAAAAACAACUUGUUCAAACAAUGAAGCUGAGUACGAAGCAUUAUUAGCUGGACUUGAAAUACUGUUAAAUUUCGGGGCAAGAAAUGUAAUCAUUCGAGGAGACUCUGAGUUAGUAAUAAAGCAGCUAACCAAAGAGUAUAAAUGUUUAAGUAAAAACCUCGUCGAAUAUUGGGUAAAAGUGAAUAAGUUAUUACAAAAAUUUGAGGAAGUCAUUCUAGAACAUAUUCCUCGAGACAAAAAUCAAGAGGCCAAUGAAUUAGCCCUAAUUGCUUCGAAAUAUAGAAUUUCGAGUGAAAACCUGACAAAAUUAACAGAGAUAAGGGAGAAGUUAGGGUCAACAAACCUUGAGAUCUUAAACAUAAAUGACUUAACUGACCAAGAUUGGAGGAAACCUUUAGUCAAUUAUCUCAAGGACCCCAACAUUCCAACUGAUCGAAAAACAAAAUUUCGAGCAGUUAAGUAUAUAAUUGUGGUUAAUGAAUUGUAUAAAAGGGGUGUUGAUGGCACUUUACUUCGCUGUCUCAGCGAACAUGAGGCUUAUAUUGCCCUGGCAGAAAUCCAUGAAGGGAUUUGCGGAGCUCAUUAA